AUGCCGGUCUUCUGUGAUGUUGAAUGGACUAUCGAUGAGGGCAAAAGCUGGGCUGUAAUAGGGACAUGCUCGAAGCAAAAGACAGCCCUUUUGCAGGUCACCUACGUUCCUUACCCGGUGGUCUGUGUUCUUUCCUCUCAGACUCUCCUUGCAACCCACACCUUGUGGCUCUUGUAUCGUUCGUGCAUCGGCCCCACGCAGCAGGUGGUACCUUCUAUGACUACACUUCUCGAUAUCGCGCAGUUAGAGAAGAAGACUGUGGAAAGUCACCCCAUUUUUUCACUAUGGUACACCCAACAAUAUACAAAACUCAUCAAGCUAGAGUACAAGCUACAAGAGAAGAGCGACGUCGCCAUUAUCAAAAGAAUCGAGUUGACCAAAAGACUCCCCAGGUGUCGAGAGGUUAUCCUAGCCAAGCAGCGUCAGUUGCACAAAGAAAAAAAAUCCUGUCAAGACAAUGAACCUUCGGACGAUGAAGACGAACCAAUGGAAACCUUACAAGAUUGCAUUGCCGCAGUUAAAUAUGCCAAAGAUGACUUCAUGACCUAUGUGAAGGCUCCACGAAGAUUCUUCGACCUCCUUGUGGACGAGUACUCCAAAACAAUGCCUGACCCCGAGGUAUGCCCUACUGGGAAUGGAGACAAGUCUGUAUUUGAACGCGCCAUCACAAGCUUGGAAGACUUUCUCGACCAAGCUAACCGCGGACUUGAUGGUAUCCUUCAGAUGUGUGGUGCUUGCGAGGAUGAAACGGAGGCUCCUGUAGGUCAUAUUACUUUGGUGAAGAUGAGAGAGAGGCUCGAGAGGCUCACAGUUCACAACUGCAGGCUGCAAACUGACAAGCUCAUCAACUUCUUGUUCUUCGUCCUCAGCAGCACUCAUAACGGCGAUAUGUGGGAUGAGCUGGCUGCGACUGGGUCCAAUGGGGGGAUGUGGCCGAGUCGGACGACUGGGUCCAAUGGGGGGAUGUUGCCGAGUCGGACGACUGGGUCCAAUGGUGGGAUGUUGCCGCAUCCCUUACCUUCACCAAGACCUAGCGCCAGGUCAUGA